CGUAAGACCAGUGGAUGCUUGUUGCCUUGUGAAAUUUAUGCGGUAAAUAUUAUCUGCAGCUAAGAUUUUGUUGCGUGGAACCCAAAUAGGCGUUACUUUGAUGCGAUUAACUUUACCCAGCGGCUUUGGCGAAUCGUAAUGCCGUUAAUGCUUGAAAAAAGCGUUAAAACCGUUUCAAACGAGUGGCUAGUUCUGAGUUGAAGACCACGUUGAGCUAAUUUUCCCCCUUUUUUAUUGAAGUGCUUCAAUAGCUGUGCUUCUUUUCUACUGCUCAGGUUGAAUAUAAAUGUUGCCAUCAGUAAUGACAUGUUGAGACACUGAACAGUUUGGGGUUCUAGUCUCACGUCAUCAGAAAUGGCAAACGUUCAAACUCCACACGAGAAGGUGGUCAAAUCCCAUGUGGAGCAGAAUCCUCCCCAAACCUCACAGACGUCUAAAAGCAGCUACUGCAUUUUGUGUCGCAGCUGGUAUUUGAAGCAUGAAGCACACGAGCAUAUGCACAGCAUGCUGCAUCACAGAGAGCUGGAGUCAGUGUUGGGCAAAGAUUCCUUUCAUGACUGUCAGGCAUGCAAAGCUUCCUCCAUGGGUUUAAAUGAGUAUGCCCAGCACAUCUCGACCGUUCAGCACAAAGCCAAGUUGAAGAGCUUGAUGUCCAAAAAUGUGAAGCCCCUGUCUCUGUUUAAGACUCUCAGCACAGAGUCUUUAACCCGGCUCAUGGAGAGAAACAAGGCACUAAAGAGAGAGAAGAAGAAAGUAACAAAAAAAAAGAGAAAGAAACUGAAGCAGGUGGCUGGUCAGAGGCGUGCUCAUUCGUCAAAGGGAACCACCAAAACAAAGACUCGCGCAUCCAAAGUGGAAAAGCAUAGACAGUCAAAACAGGUGCAGCUGGAGCAAAGGCAGAAUGAUGAGCACAAAGGCAGGAGCAAUGCUGUCGUCCAGAACAAGGAGAACAAAGUAUCCAGUAAGCAAAGACCUCCUCACAAUGCAGAAUCAAGCCUUCAUUGUCAAAGCAGGAGACUGGCUCCUAUGUCUGGAGAGCCCGAAGGUCGAAGCUGGCAUAACGCUUCUGUCAACAAUCAGCCCUGCCUAGUCAAACUUGUGACCUCCCAAAUGGAAAGAUUUGUCAAGACUCAAGGGGGUGCCACUGACCUCUGGCACCAGAUGGCAGGACCUGCUGUGAGCCAGUACAACUAUCGCAGCAGGAAGUAUAAUGGUGCAACAAACACAGUCUUCACCAGCGACCAGCUCCCUGAUAAUGGAGCCAUCAUCUUUGAUCGGAGCCAAGCUGCAACUACAGGGCAGGAAAGUGUACGCCGCUCAGCUCAACCUGCACCGGCCAACAGCGCAGCUCCUAUACGAGAAGUUGAUGUCACUGCCAUGCUGAAGCAAAUCAGAAGAGCGCUGGGUGUGAGGGAGCCAUGCAGAGCAGACCGAGAAGCCCGGAGACAGAAGAGUGAGGCCGGCGUCCAGGUGGCUGAUCCCGUGACCUCACAACAAAGCAGAACUGAGGCAGAGCAGCCAGCAGGCACCUCCGCUCUGACUGAAAAAGCUCAGGACUGUGAAAAGAGCUCAGGAGGUGCAGACAGACUGCCAAACAAUGGGAAUAAGGCAUCUCAGGUGGCCACCAACGGCCUGACUUCACCUAAAAGAUGUACUGAAAAGACAGCUUCAUCUGAGCCCGACUCAAACAAACCUAAGGUUCGAAUUGCUCACAAAGCAGGCCAAGCUCAUGGGGAGAAGGAGGCUGGAUGUAAAUCAACUACAAACACGUUGCUUAGCUUUUCAGGGGCCAGGAGUAAUCAGAACUGGACUGCGGGGCAUGAGGAGGUGAAAAGGAAGGCAAAAGGCACGCAGAGGUUUGGAAUUGAGUUGUCGAAUCGUCCGACUCACCAAGACAGCUCAGUGCAUCCGCAGGACUUUGACCUGCCGCUGUCCGAAGGCUUCCACUGGGAGUCGUUUCCAGACUCUGUUUCGAUGCCACACUCGACUGCACCCCCUCCAUUCCGAGACACUGCUGAUACUGAGCGUGACACAGAGACACAGUCAGACUCUCAGGUUCAGGAAGCUUCGGGACAGCCGGCUGCAGCUCAGGAUCCUGGCAGCAGCCAGACAGCUGCACGAAUACAGAUGAAAGUGGAGCCAAACUUUGAGGAUUUUAAUGCAGAUUUAAGGGGCAGCGCUAGUGCCAGCAAGAGGAAACACACCAUGGUGACGGUUGACGGUCUUUCUGACAAGGAGCCAAGUGGGAAAAAGAAGAAAACAAAGUCAAACAAAGAUCAGGAACAAAUGGACCAGCUGUUGGCGGUGUCACUGCGUGAGGAAGAGUUGAGCCACUCAUUGCAGAAUUUGGACAAGUCUCUGGUCCAGGCCCGUAAUGCCCUGCAAGCUGCAUACGCAGAAGUCCAGAGACUUUUGCUACUGAGACAGCAGUUCACUUCUGAGGUCAACAGCCUAAGAGCCAAGCGCAUUGAGAUCCUGCAGGGAAUGCAAGAAGGGUACUCAGGAACAUCGUCAUCAGCGGGAGCUGCCAGUGUUCGAUCUCCCUCCAUUCCUCCUUCGAGCCUGUUAUCUGGCUCCUCAACAACUCCGCAAUCAGCUUCCACAGCUCCAGCAUUAUCCAUCACCCCACCUCUUCCAGCUCCUCUCGCUUUAACAGUGAAGCAAGAAAUGUGCCAUCGGUCCACAGUUGGACAAGCCAGCCACUUGUCCACAACGGUGCCCAGUAACACCGAUGCUGCUCAGGUCCCUCUGAACCAACCCGUAUCUUUGUUUCCCUCCCUGCUGCUCCCACAAACACACUUAGCAGCUCCCUUGACUGCUGCUGCUGCCAUCUCUGCCAAUCAGUCCAACGCAGAGUGCUCCACAUCUGCAAAUAUACUUCUUUCUCUUGAAUCAUCUUCCAGGCAGCAGCAGCAAGAAACAAGAGAGGGAUUACAGGACUGUGCAAAGACAAAGAUGGUGGCCAAAGAACCAGAGCCAGCCGGUGGUAGUCCCGAAAGAGAAAAACGGCAACCUGUGGCAGAUGACAAGGGGAAUGAGAGUGACGAUUCUGUUGAAAUGAUUGAUCGCUCCAACAUGGAGGUCAUAGCCGUCGAUGAAUCGGACUGUGAGGACUCCCUUGGAAAAGAUUUAAAAGUUCCGGCGCAGCCACAGGAGCCUUCUCACUCUGUGAAUGCUGAGUUCAGCUCUGCAAGCACACAAACGUCUCAACAAAGUCAGAACGACAGUGAAAUUAAGCCUUCAGCUUUGGAAGGGAAAGAUGCCAACACUCCUGCAGCAUCCGUUGACGAUGAGGAGCCAUCCUUGGGAGAGUUUCUAAAUCACAGCGGCCCCGUGAACAGCCUUCAAGUCCACAAUGGCGUCCUGUACACGUGCUCGGGGGACAACACGGCUCGGGCCUACAGUCUAGUGACCAAGGAGUGCUUAACAAUAUUUGACGGUCACACAAAUAAAAUCAACUGUCUACUGGUGUCAUCCAUCCCAAAUAUGCCGACACGCCUCUACACAGGAUCCAGCGAUCAAACUAUCCGCUGUUACAGCAUAAAGUCUAAGAAGUGUCUGGAGCAGCUUGCCCUUCCUGACAGAGUGCUGUAUUUGCACAUAGCCUGGAAUAUUCUGUAUGCUGGGACUGCCAGCGGAUCAGUUGCUAGCUAUGAUGUAAAGACUCUGAAACAGCUGGAUGUGUUCGAGUGCCACGGCCCACGAGGCGUGAGCUGCCUGGGCACAGCUCAGGAGGGCGCUCGCCGGCUGCUUCUGGUCGGAUCGUAUGACAGCACUAUAAGCGUGCGCGAUGCCAAGAGCGGCCUGCUCCUGCGGUCACUGGAAGGUCACACCAAGACUGUACUUUGUAUGAAGGUAGUGAAUGACCUGGUUUUCAGUGGUUCCAGUGACACAUCUGUACAUGCCCACAACAUCCAUACGGGCGAGUUGGUUCGUAUCUACAAGGGUCACGGUCAUGCUGUCACAUCAAUUGUCAUCUUGGGGAAAGUGAUGGUAACAGCCUGUUUGGAUAAACUGGUUCGAGUUUUUGAGCUACAGUCUCACGACCGGCUGCAGGUAUAUGGAGGUCACAGUGACAUGGUGAUGUGCAUGGCUGUACAUAAAAGUGUGAUCUACACAGGCUGUUACGAUGGCAGUGUUCAAGCUGUAAAGCUCAACUUGAUGAAAAACUACCGCUGCUGGUGGCAGAAUUGCUCUCUGAUCUUCGGCAUGCAGGAUCAUUUGCUACAGCACCUUACUAAAGAUCACAGCAACCAAAAUCUGCAGACGGUCAAAUGUCGCUGGAGAGGCUGCGACACGUUUUUUGCCACGCAGCAUUCAGUCAGACAGGAGCUUCCUGAACACAUGCAGACUCACGUGGAGAACGACAGUAACGUGCAGCCCUGACGGGAAUGGUGGUAAAGUGAUGCAGCAAGCCAGUCUCACACGCACUCACA